AUAAAUAAUUUUUCCCGCACGAUUUUUCCCAACUCGUCAGCGGGAAAAUUCACUUGACGAUCGUAUUGUCCCAGAAAGAUUAUUGGCAGGCAAAUUUCCGUUUGGUUAAUACAUUUAAAGAUGAAGACCUGGUAUAAUGCGGCGAGUUUGAUAUUAGCAGCACGUCACGGACAAACACACGGUCGUGCGGUGGCGCCUGUAGUCCACAAUUACAAGCUGCUAUAUUUGAAGCGUCAUCAAAAGUCGAGUUUCAUGCCAGGGUUGUACGUCUUCCCGGGUGGCGCAGUGGACCCAACUGAUAGCAAUCUGAAAUGGUACGAACAUUUCAGUGCCUUCGGUCUGGACAAGGAUAAGCUUGCAUCUCUGGUACCAAAAACCGUGUCGCGACCGCAGAUUUUUCAAUCGAAAGAGAAUGAGUUGCUCAAAGAAAUCUCGCUACGCAUUACGGCGAUUCGCGAGACCUUCGAGGAAUGCGGGAUACUAAUAUGCAGACGUAACAAAGAUGGCGAUGCUCAUUCUGGUUGGGCCGAGCACGUAUCAAUUCCUGAGGGUGAGCUGCAAAUGUGGAAGAACAAAGUCCACAAUGAUGCGACGGAAUUUCUCAAUCUCUGUCAAAAAUUGGAGUGUUAUCCGGAUUUGUGGGCGCUGCAUGAAUGGAGCAAUUGGUUGACACCUACGUAUAGGUUCAAGACACGUUUCGACACUGCUUUUUACUUGGUUUGCAUGCCGCAUAUGCCACACGCUGAAUAUGAAGCUAUAGAAAUGGAGGAUCUACAAUGGUUCUCUCCGGAGAAGCUUCUUUCGACAAAUGUCGAAUUUCCACCGCCGCAACAGUACGAGAUUGCCAAGUUCACCAAAGUUAAAAGUAUAGAUAAUCUCCUGGAUAUUGCCAUGGAACGGAAUAAAAUAGGCGUGCAGCUGUAUUUAUCGGUAACUGUGCAAUUGAAGGAUGGCAUCGUGUUUCUCUUGCCUGAAGAUACGAUGUACCCUAAUGUGAAAGAAAUUGAAUUGUUUGAACAACAAUUAAUCGAUAAGUCGGAUAUUACUGCACAUGAAUUCGAGAAGAUGACCCUGAUAAAAAACAGAAUUGUAAUUCUCGACACGCAAGUUAACAUAAUUUUUACCGAUAACGGCAAAGAUAAUUGCGUGAUAUUUCUAAAACCUGGGUAUCAUUCAAAGUCUGGAAAUGUGGAAUCUAAAAAUAAGCUUUAAGAUGAAUAAUAGAGAGAAACACAUUUGAUUUCGGUUUCCAGAUAAUUUGCUCGAAGAAGAUAUUUUUAAAUAUGUUUAAAUGUUGAAUAAAUAUUAAACAUUGUAUGAUUUGGUUGGUAAGGGGUUGUCAGCAGAACGGUUCUAAAAUAAUGAUAAAAUAAUAACUUGUAAAUAAAUAU